AUGUCGGUUCCUCCUUCUACAACCACAUCGUUGAAGCACACCAUUGCUCCCAACUCCACGCUUGCUACAACGUCAAGCUCCAACCAGAGCGGGUCCAACGACUUUGUCAAAAAGCUAUUUCUCAUGCUUCAAGAAGAUAGUUAUAAGAACAUUGUCAAAUGGACCCAAAACGGGGACAGCUUUGUGGUGAUCAACACAAACAACUUUACAAAGGACAUUUUGCCACGCCACUUCAAACAUUCCAAUUUUGCAAGUUUUGUUAGACAAUUGAACAAGUACGACUUUCAUAAAGUCAAGAUUCCAAACGAGGCCAAACUGAGCUACCCUUAUGGCGAAGACGCUUGGGAGUUUAAACAUCCCGACUUUAGAAUCAACGACCGAGAAUCGUUGGACAAUAUCAAGAGGAAAGGCCCCACUACAAAGAAAACCGGCGGAGCGUCUCCAUCGUCUUCCAACAACGGAUCAAAGCCUACAAGUGCAGCUAUCAAGAAGAACCCCAGCCUAUCAGAAGUGAAUGUGGAGACAGCAGCAAACGAUUCCACCAGGGUCCCCCUUCCACAGAGCUCACACCCAGCUAGCAAUCACAACUACAUCCAGCUAAGUCAGUCGCAGAACCAUUUGAGAGAGCAAGUUGACGCUCUCAAAGAGAGCAACCAGGUGCUAAGCCAGGAAAAUGCAGUGCUACAAAAGAAAUACAAGACGUUGGUGGACCACAUUGUCUCCAUAAAUUCCUUCAACGAGCGGUACUACCGCUCCAUGAGCCUCUUGAUCAAUGUCUUGUUGCAGUCUGGGAUCAAAAUUCCGCCGUUGGACUUUCCACCACCAAAUGCCCUUGGCCCCGGCCCUUUUACUCACCCGGACCCAAACGCCAGCAUGUCCACGGCCAACCACUUGGGCUCGCUCUCGGCAACGUCGCUUCCCAGUAUAUCGCAGCAUUUGCAGCUGCAGUCGCCGCGAAUCCCACCGCACCUCCAAUCGCCCGUGGUUUCAACGCAAUCGAUGCAGCCGUCUGGCGGCGCCUCCACAAUGGGAAUGACUCAGCCAAUACCUUCCCACCUAGUUGGAGCCCUGCAACAGCCACUGCAACCAGCGGUUCUCAACAACAACCGCUCCCUUUCCAUCCCGAGUGGCCGUCCGCCGCAAACAGCAUACUCCGCCACCAGUCCCAUUAGCGGUCUUGCCACGCUCUCGCGCCUGCUGUCGGUGACACAAGCGAACCAAGCAUUUCUUCCAACCAAGUCUGCCAACCAGACACUAGACCGAACUCAGUCCAUGGAUGAUGUCCACCAGGGGCCACCACCACGAGGUUCAAACAGCGGCCAAACGCUUGACCAGCAGCCGCCUCACUUACACCGGCACCAGCAGCACCAGCACCAGCACCAACACCAGCAGCACCAGCACCAGCACCAACACCAGCAGCACCAUGAGAACCACCAGCAAAGCUUGUCCUCCUCAUCGCAGACCAACCCCGGAACUGCUCCUGAAGACUAUGUGCAUGCGUCGCCAGCGAACAACAAACCCCUCUCUCCCUUGACCAGUUCAUCGGCGUCACCAAAAACCAAUGUGCUACCACAGACCAGCACCACUUCCAUUGCCAACCCAAAGUUCCAUGUUCUCUUGGUUGAGGACGACAAUGUGUGCAUUCAGUUGUGUCGCAAGUUUUUGGUAAAGUACGGGUGUCAAGUCACCGUUGUCACCGACGGCCUCAAUGCCAUCUCCACGGUGGAAAACACCAAGUACGAUCUCGUGUUGAUGGACAUAGUCAUGCCCAAUUUGGACGGAGCCACAGCGACGAGCGUGAUUCGCUCGUUUGAUACCAAGACGCCGAUUAUUGCCAUGACGGGCAACAUCGAGGAUAACGACCUUGUGACGUAUUUGCAAAACGGGAUGAGCGAUAUCUUGGCCAAGCCGUUUACAAAGGACGACUUGUACUCGAUUUUGGCUAAACAUUUGUUGAAAGAUGGAGAUGAGAGUGAAGAGCCAAUGAACAAGAAACUGAGAUUAGAAUAG